AUGAGUCGGGAAGGCACGGUGCCAGUGGCUGGUGGUGGGCAUGGCACGAGCACCUUCGCCCUCUACCCGGUCUUCGCGUCGCCCGAGGAGGAGUACAAGUACAUCAGCUCGCGCAUGGCUGAGCUAGAGCGGCAUCUGGGCAUGGCCGCGGACCUCACCACAUCUUGCGUCACGCUACCACCGCCCUCUUCAACGACCAUCACCCCCAAGCUGAAGAAGGAGAAGACAAAGAAGAAGAAAGAUGGAAAGAAGGAGAAGAGGAAGAAGGAAGGCUCAAAGAUAAAGCAGAAGACGAAGAAGGACAAGACGACGAAGGCCAAGAAGAAGAAGAAGAAGUCGAUCAAAGGGCUCAACAAGGAGAAGGAGGCGGCCGCCAGCGACCUCGACACGAGCCAAGAGCAGGACUCCACCGUAUCGGUGGGUAAGGCCAAGGAGCUCGAGAGGGACAGCGUCUUCGGCGGCGCCGACGUGCCCGACCAACUGCAGGCCAUCGACCAAGAGCUACGCGACUCAACCGAUACCAGCAGCGAGAGCAAGCCGAGGCUGCGGAAGGCGGCGUCGUUCCUCUUCAACAAGACGUCGGAGAUGAGGUCCUACUUCAGAAAGAUGUCGGCCGACAUUCGCGACCUGGCCUCGACCAAGGAGAUGGACGCGACUGCCCCGACCUCGACCACGACGAAGGACUUGAAGAAGGCGCCUUCGUUCAAGCAGCAGAAGAAGAAGUCGACCAAGGCCAACAAGAAACGGCAGAGGCGGUCGGCCCAGGAAGGACCCUACAACGCAUCGUCGUCGGGCGAUGAUCUCAACAACAUGCAGGCCGACAGCGACAGCGACGACGGAAGCCAGCUCACCUACGAUGCGCGCUACACGGACGCCGUGUUCGUGUUCAGCUCGUCGUCGGACUCGCGGCAGCUCCACCCGGUGGUGGGUCACAACUACGGCCGCAUGACGAUCAGCGACCACGAGACGUUCAGCAUCAUGAUCGAGGAGGACACGGCCACCUACGACAGUCCCACCAUGCUGGCCACGGCCAUGCCCGAGGUCGAGAUCGACGUCGAGCUCGACGAGGCCAGCGACGAUGACGGCGAGAUCGACCAUCAUCGGCACACCACCGCCUCGGCCAGGACCAACGCCGCGACCCCCGCCGCAGGCCCGAGGCACUCGGUGGCGAGCUGGCGCCAGCCCGCCGCGCUCCCGCCCGUCAUGCUACGGGUGCCGACCAGCCCAGCCGCGACUUCGCUGGCGUCGAAGGCGUCGUACAGGAUGACGAUGCCCCCUGUGCUACCGCCUUCGACCGCCCAGCCUCCCCACCAAGCCUCGCGCCAGUCACCGCAGCCGCAGUCCCAGCUGCUGGCCGCCGUCGAUGUGGUGCCCCAGCCGCCGUUCCGCAGCGGUUGGGGCGCGCGCAGGCCGCUACCUCCUAUCCCCGCGCACGGUGGGCGGACCCGCAGCUACGCGCACUCGUCGGGAGCCGUACCAACGUCGGCCAGGCCGCGCACGGGGACCUGCAUCUGCUAA